AAGCCCCGGGCUGCUCCAGACUCGGAUCAUCAGUUACCACUGCACUUACACUUUGAUCAAAGCCAUCCAAACCAACCUUUCGUCAAAACCUCAAAAUCCAAACGUUCAAAAGACGCAAAGUGCAACAACAUCGGCGGUCAACCCACCUUUGUCAACCACACGUUCAACAUGGCACCUCGCUCCCGCGUCUGGCUUAUCACGGGCUGCUCUUCUGGCUUCGGCCUGGAGCUAGCCCAGGUUGUUGUUGCUCGUGGCGACCGUGUUCUUGCUGCGUCCCGAAACCCUGACAAGGUUAAGGAGCUUACCAACAACGACAAUCUGAAGCUGGUUCGACUCGAUCACAACGAGCCUCUCCCUGCACUCAAGAAAGCUGUCAACGACCUCAUCUCGGUUUACGGCACCAUCGAUGUUGUUGUCAACAAUGCCGCAUACGUGCAGACAGGCACCAUCGAGGAGGCAACCCCCGAGGAAACCCUCCGGCAGUUCCAAGCCAACUUCUUCGGGCCGCUCAACCUCUACCGCGCCGUGCUUCCACACCUCCGCAGCAAGGGCGAGGGCACUCUCGUAACCAUCGGCUCCAUGGCGGCGUGGUACCCAAUGAACAGCUGCAACCUGUACAACGCGUCCAAGGCAGCACUCCGCUGGGCCACAGUGGGCCUGGCCGACGAAAUCAGGGGUUUCGGCAUCAAGCAUUGCCUCGUCGAGCCAGGCUUCUUUCGCACCAGUCUGCUGAAGCCCGACGCGAACUUUGCGGGGACCCAGGCCUCAACCCGCAUGCCAGAGUAUAAUGAGAUUAAUGCCGUUGCGGACGCUAAUUUCAAGAAAUACAAUGGCUUACAACUUGGGAACCCGGCCAAGGGCGCCGAGAUCAUCUAUGAGGCCGUCACCUCGACUGGUGUUGCCGAGGGGAUGCCCUUCCCGGAGUUUCUGCCUCUGGGCAGUGAUGCGUUGACCGAAAUCACAAAGGCUGCGCACAAGACUCUGGAUGCUAUCGAGGAGUGGCGGCGGAUUAGCGCGUUGAGCGACUUUCCGGAGGGAAAGUAGGGCGUGGAUCGAGAGUAACGCCGGUUGGUGAUGGAAGUGCGGAGGCAUGGUUUUGUAUAUCGCCAAAGGUUUCUAGACUUCUAGAAUUAUAUGAGCAGAUAGCUCAUUUUGAGAGGUGAGACCAGUCCGAUGUCUUCAUCCUAGGUUUGUGGAUUUGAAUGAAAGUUUUGAGCAGUCGUUCUGUCUGCUGUGAGUGUCAACUGGUAAGCGACAAAG